CUUUUGAGGUUUAAUUUAAGUUUUUAAAAAUAAUUUCACUGAUACUAAAGGCAGGAUAUUUGAUGUGAGGCCGAAGAUUGACGGGUUGAAGAUAUUGGUUGUCUUGUACUGCUGCGGACCUUCUCUGCAUCAGUGUUCCUAACCCAUGGACUUGGAUCCAGCCUCAAGCUUCGAAAGGAGGUCAACUCCUGACCCUUCCCUUAGUCAAGCUAUAGAUAUUGCUCGAAGCCCACGUCCCUGCUCCCCCUCCUUAUCUCCCUUAUUACCUUCAUCUGAUCCUUCUUCACCCUUGUCUACAUCCUCUUCAUGUCCCAAAUUGACAGAUUAUUGUAACCAUGUAAAAGGUAGCAGCCAAGCACCAGAGACAGCUCGAGUGUCCUCCACAUCUUCUCUGAACGCGCAGUCUGUCUUCUUACCAACACUCACUGUGCCCUCUGAAUCAGUUCUAUUCACUACACGGCUACCAGGUGUUGAUGUGCCAACAAACAACAUGGAGAAGGAGAUGUAUGAUCCUUUCCAUCCCACUGAGGGAGACCGGGAGAGCCGAGUAGAGGAACAGCAGGGGGAGAAGUAUGACCCCUUUAAUCCCACUGGCUCACCAGCGUCAGAUGUUGGAGAUGGAAGUGGCAAAGCCAAAGGGCUAAAGAAAAGUGUCGACAGAAAUGAGGAAGACAAAGUGGAGGAACCCCCCGAUUCCACAGAUGCCCUGCCCGUUAUGCCGAGCCCUUCCCUCACCACUCAACUUCAUCUGAGAAGAAGAGUGGACUGUUGCAGAGAUCAGAGGGAAAGUGUCCAUUCUGAUUUCUCUGAAAUAGAGGAGGGGGAGAUAGUUGGGGCUGCAGAUAGAGAUGGAAGCAAAAAGAGAACGACUGGAGAAAACAUCAAUUUGAAUUCUCCAAGUGUUUCAGUUUUUGGGCUGAAGCCAGAACGCAUCCUCCGGGUGCUGGAUGGUGAUAGUUUUGUGUCUGUGAGGGCCGAGGGAACUUGGGAUGAACACGGGCAGCCUCAGAAUGAACCUGUGGUUGGAGUGGAGGACUUGAGAAGAAAACUGGUCAGCAGGCGCAAAGAAAGAUAUCUCACUUUCCCUGCCUCAUCCCCCCUCUCUCCUCAGUCUCCACGGUCUUCUCCACAUCCUCCUUUGUCUGCACCAUCUUCUCCACUUGUACCUCCUGCAGAGCAAAGCAGUAAAAAUCAUAAGUCCUCCAAGAAUUCUAAAGAUGCGGACAAACAUAAGAGCAAGGAUAGGAGUACUGGGGAUGAGAAGAGAAAAAAGAGAAGGAAAGACAAAGAGGAAGGUCGGGAGAAGGGCAAAGACAAGGACAGAGCACGCAAGAGCAUGAAAGAAGCUAAAAGGAGGAGCAGUAGGAGCAGCAGCCAGAAAAGGAAGAAGAGGCAACACAGCAGUCCAGAGGCUUUGAGGUCCCACAUUUCAGGAAGAAAUAUGCACAGUCGAUACUCCUUUUCUGGUCUCUCUCAUGAAUCCUAUCAAGAGAGGGAGCAAAAUCGGGACAGAGAUAGAAACAGGGUCAGAGAGAGAGAAAGAGAUAGAGAUAGGUAUGAAGGUCAUACCAGAAGACGCAGGCGAGAUGGACGAAGGGGAGAGUCUAGCUCUCGAAAUAAGGAUAGGGAAUGGAAGGAAAGACGGCAUUCAAGCAGUACAGAAAGGGGUAAUUCUAAGAGGUCUAAAAGAAGCAGAGAAAAAAGGACAGGCAAUAGAGAUAGGCAGCGUGACAAAGAGCAGCAAAGGCGACGGGAUGGUCGCCCAGUGGUUCCUCCAUCUAUUCAAGAUCUCAAUGGUUCUGACCUAUUUGCCAUAAAGCGCACAAUUACAGUCACCACCACCACAACCACCACCACUUUACCCGGCUCUCCAAUACAUGCUCCAACCUCUCCUUGUAGACCUACACAGGAAUCUGACAAACCCCAUAAGAGGAAGAAGAAAAGAAAGUGGCACACAGGUGGGAAGAAGAAUGAAGGGGGAAACUGUCGCAGUCGAUCACAGUCCCUCUCGCCAACAGCCUAUCACUGCUAUGAAUCAGACCGCUAUUCAGACAAACUAGACAUUGACAUGCUCUCUUUGGAUGGUGAGGCUUUGGACUCAGAUUACCCAUCUUUGGAAGAUACACCACCUGCUCCCCUGCUUCCAGAGCCCCCGCUUCCCAGCCUUGACAGCAAAACUGCUCCCAAAAGUGGAGGACAACAUUCAAAAACUACAUCCAGCAUGCGACAGAAAGUCGACCAGUUGGAGUCUUCGUCAUCAUCAUCAUCACAUAGAACCAAAAGCAAAAGCCUCUCACUGUCAGGUACUUCAGUCUCUUCUCCCAUCUCAUCUUCUCUCUCCUCAAGUAAACGAGCCAGAAAGCAAGCAAAAGACAAGGACAGAGACAAGAGUUUCAGAAAAGAUUCAGGUCGCUCUGGCAAAACUAAGAAGGACAGUGUUGGCAGUCGGAAAGGGAAGCUGCAGUCCAAAGUCUCUGUGUUGUUGCGUGAUGGAGUGAGUAGCACUACAGGGGCUUCAGUUGGCUCUGGGAAGAUGGGUAUGGAACUGUUGGGGUCCGGAGGUACAGGAGGAAGUGCUGGAGCCUCUGUUGUUGGUGGCUCUAUUGCUGUAGUUUUCUGCAGGGACAAUGAAAGCCGUUCCCCUUUCCUCAAACCUUGCUCAGAGCCAUUGUCACUGGGCAGUCGCAGUAAAGAUUUGGCAAGUUUGGGUAAGCGCAGCAACCUGGCUGCACCACCAUCUUUGUCUAGUCCUGCAGGGUUGAAGGCUAAGAAAGCAAAGCCCAGUUCCAUCACAUCAACUUCUUCUUCUGCUUCCUCCCCCACAUCAUCUCUUUUAACCAAACGUCGUCGUCGACUGGGUAGGAAGGUAAGAGAAAAGGGUGGCACUGUAGGCAUGAUAACUAGUGAUGUUGGUCAGUCAAUGGUCACUUCUGAAGGCUGGGAUGGAGCCUCUACAGAGGUCUUGUCAGCUGUUGGAAAUGGAACCAAGUCAAUAACUCCACAUACUGGGCCAACUUGCCCUACAUCUUCUUCCUCCUCUUCUUCCACCUCUUCUGCCAGUGCUCUCCCACCUUCCUCCUCACCACCCCAUACACCUCCUCCUUGUAUGCCCUCAUUGCGGGACACCAGGGAAUCUUCUCCAGAUUCUCAGACAGUAGACAGCAGUUGUAAGACACCAGAAGCAUCUUUCCUUGUGGAAGACUGUCCAACUCAAACGAGCCCUACAAUGCCACUAUCCAGUCCAUCCAGUUUGUCCACCCCACAUGGAACCAGCCUCACCACUGCCUUGUCUACACCCCCCAGCAAGCCUCUUCCUCUGGAUGACAUACCAAAAUCCCUGGCAUCACCCCCUUGCCCAUCGUCUUCUGCAGGGUGUGGACUUGCUUCGCUUUCAAUGUCUUUGUCCUCUUCAGACCCUUCCUCCUCCUCUGUGUCUUCAUCGUCGUCAACUAAGCCUCCCCCUCCUCCACCUCCACCGGCAGCGUCAGCCCUCCCCUGGAGUCUGCAAACUGGAGUUGACUGCACAACUGGAGGAGUCUUGGCAUUAACGGCUCUUCUCUUCAAAAUGGAGGAGGCCAACAUCGCCAGUAGAGCAAAAGCACAAGAGUUUAUCCAGGCAACCAGUCAGAUCCUUUCCCAGGCAAACCAGAACCAGUCCCAGCAACACACACCUCCUAGUUUAGUGUCCUCAAAGAUUCCUCCGCCUUCUCUGCCGCCACCUCCUGGUCUCAGUCCAGCUCAGUUCAUCCUCCACGGCUCCCUCCCGUUGGUUGGCUGCAGCAAAACUCCACCAUCUCAACUUCACCCCUCUAUAGGUGGUGGAAGUGCACAGACCCCGCCUCCUGUCAUGCCCGUUGGGCUGUCAAGGUUGACGGGGACCUCUGGGGACACUGGGUGGGACAGCGAAAGUAAAGAUCCUGAUAAGUAUUUGAAGAAGCUCCACACACAGGAACGAGCCGUGGAGGAGGUCAAACUCGCCAUCAAGCCUUAUUAUCAGCGCAAGGACAUCAACAAAGAUGAAUACAAAGACAUCCUCAGGAAAGCUGUGCACAAGAUCUGCCACAGCCGGACCGGAGAGAUCAACCCCGUCAAAGUCAGCAACCUGGUGAAGCUCUACGUCCAGCGCUACAAGUACUUCCGGAAACAUGGACGCAGGAUGGACGAUGAAGACAAGGAAGACAGGGAGCCCGGAGCCUUGCAUUCCUCUGCCUGAUGGACUUUUUUUCUCUCUCGCUUUCUCUCUCUCGUUCUCUUUAUUGAUGUAACGUCUUCACCAAUUUGAGAUUUUUUAAUUAUUUUGUUUUCAUAAACCUACAGACUGAUGAGCUGUUAAUGCAGACACGUCUCCUUAUCUCACUGGAAUCAACUGACAGGAAGCAAAAAGUUUAAUAUACUCACAGAUAGAAUCCAGCAACCCCC